UGGUUUCUUCUCAGAAAUCGAAGUCAUUCUUUUCCUUUGAUGUUUGCGUGUGUCAUAUGCCACUGGAUUUCUGGGGAUGUUUGCGGUGUGAUCUGUACUACCUCAAUGCGGACUUUCCUUUUUGCGACUUGACAUAUCAGGAGCAUUGGCACUGACAACGGUCGAAGUACACCAAUCCACUGGUCAAACUUGUUUUCAGUACGAUACUACUAGUGUUCAGUUGUAAUACAACAUCAUGAAUGGAAACAACAAUGACGAUCAAAUUGCCAUCGUCGGUAUAGGAUGUCGAAUGCCAGGUGGCGUAACAUCAACCGAUGAGUUCUGGGAUGUUCUUCGAAAUGGCAAGGACUGCAUUACGGACGUUCCAGCUGGGCGUUGGUCAGUUGAGAAAUUUCACGAUAGCGAUCAGACUAAGCCAGGAAAAAUGGUGUCCGGAAAAAGCGGAUUCGUAGAUGGAAUCGAACAUUUUGACAACACCUUCUUUAAAACGUCACCAAAAGAAGCGGCAUCAAUGGACCCUCAACAAAGAAUAUUGUUGGAAGUAACACACGAAGCCUUUGAAGAUGCCGGUAUCAUACCUGAUGACCUAAAAUCAUGUGGAGUGUUUGUUGGUAUUGGGCUGAUGGACUACCCAAUCCAAACGCUUGAUGUUCACUCGUCCACUGUUAACGCAUAUACUUUGACAGGAACAGCUCACAGUGUCGCAGCAAACAGGAUAUCGUACGUUUUCAACUUGAAAGGCCCAAGCUACGCCGUUGACACUGCGUGCGCUUCAUCGAUAACGGCUAUGCACCUAGCAUGUCAGUCACUGAGGACCAGAGAGUGCGAUGUAGCUGUACUUGGAGGAGCCAACGCGCUUAUAAUUCCAGACACCACCAUAGCCUUCAGUGCUCUGGGAGUGCUCUCACCAGACGGGAAGUGUUGUCCAUUUUCUGACACAGCAAAGGGUUAUGUCAGAGGCGAGGGCUGGGGAACACUUAUUCUUAAAACCUUGGAUCAAGCUUUGAAAGACAACGACCAUAUUUAUGCCACAAUCGUAGGCACAUCAAUAGCGGCUAACGGGUACAGUCAAAGCAUUACCAUGCCUUCAAUGCCUGAUCAACAAAGGAUCAUUGAAGAAACAUAUAAUCGAUUUAAUGUCAAUAUGGCUGAUGUAAACUACCUUGAAGCGCAUGGGACAGGAACACCAGUUGGAGAUCCAAUUGAAGCAGAAGCUAUCGGAAAAUCAUUUGGGCCUAACCGUGACGUGCCAAUUAAAAUCGGAUCUGUCAAGAGUAAUUUUGGUCACAGUGAAUGCGCAGCAGGUGCCGUAGCUACCAUAAAGGCGGCACUAAUGUUACAUAAAGGUUAUCUUGUUCCGACAAUAAACUACGAAAAUCCGAAUCACAACAUCAACUUGAAAGAUUGGAAAUUAGAAAUACAGACAAAAAUAGAACCUUUGCCAAAGCAGAAAAAGGCCAUUAUUGGAGUAAACAGUUUUGGGUUUGCAGGGGCACUAGCACAUGCAAUCUUAAUGGAGGCACCAAGCCAAGAACCUAAAAUGCUGACUGAUCCAGUUAAUUGGAAAUUUGGUGCAAGUGAAAAAGAAGGCAAAACUCUGUUGAUUCCUCUGUCAGCCAAGUCACCUGCGGCACUUACAGAUCUGGCUAUCAAAUGGAAAGAAUUUGAAAGUGAAGAAGAUGCCAUGCGUGUGGUUGGAUGGCAGGCAACCCGUAGAAAACAUCACGAAUGCCGUUUAGCAAUCUCUGCAAAUUCGGGUGCACAGUUUAAAGAGAGACUAGAACAAUUUAUCACCAAUGGAUGUGGUGAAGGAAUGUCAACCGGGACCACGUACAAUCCAGAACACAAGGUAUGUUUUAUAUUUCCAGGACAAGGGCAGCAGUGGAUGAAUAUGGGAAGACAGCUGUACCUGACAGAGCCUGUAUUUAGAGAGUCUAUCAGAAAGUGCGAUACAAUCUUCCGCGAAGUAAGUGGAUGGUCCCUAUUAGAAGACAAAGGUCUUUUUAAUGGGCAUUUGAGUGGGAAGUGCUACAUAAGUGACGAAGAAUUCACUGAAAUGGAAAUAAGUCAACCGGCAGUGCUGUUCCUACAAGUUGGCUUAUUCGACUUAUGGCGUCAUUGGGGCGUGAAACCUGAUGUAGUUGUUGGACACAGCUUAGGAGAGAUUGCUGCUGCAUAUUCCUGUGGCGGACUUACUCUUACUGAAGCUGUAAAAGUUGUCUAUUACAGAAGUAAAAAUCAGGCAAGGUUGAAGGGCACCGGUAGCAUGGCAGCAGUCAGACUUACACUAGAAGAAGGAGUGGAAAUAUGCAAGAAAUAUGAUAACCUGUAUAUCGCAGCCGAAAACGCUCCGGGGUCACUAACAUUAGCAGGAUCUGAGGAAAGUAUACUUAAUAUUGUUAAUGAUGUCAACGUCAAGUCAAAACAGCUUAGAGUGCAAUGCGCUUUCCACACACCUAUUAUGGACCCUAUGGAAAAGCCAUUUAGAGACUCCAUGAAUGGAGCUGUUUCAACACCAGCAGGAACCCGAUCAGUUCCUAUCUACUCAACUCUGACUGGUGAACUCUAUGACGGCGACUUUAAUACAGACUACUGGUGGAAAAACAUUCGAAAUGGAGUUAAAUUCAGCCCAGCAGUUGAAGGCAUUGUUCGUGAUAUUGAGGCAAACGUCUUUAUAGAAUUGGGUGCUUCUGUAACACUGGUAUCAUCUGUAAAACAGAUUGGUAAAGGUCAAGGGAAAUCUGAUCUACUAACUGUAUCCACUGGCCAACGGGAACAGGAUGACCGAGUUACUAGCCUUUUUGCACUUGGGCAACUAUAUGCAGGUGGUAUGAGCCUCAAUUGGAAGAACUUCACACGAGAUGCUGCUAGGUGGGUUGAUAUCCCAAAAUACCAAUGGCAGCAUGGGUCGUUCUGGAUUGAGGGUGAAGAGCGCCGUAACAGAAGACUUGGUCAAGACGACCGUACAUAUAGAGGUCAGAACGGUAACAUAUCCUUUAGUGUAUUUCCUUUCUUAGCUGAUCACGUAAUCCAAGACAGAGUAAUAUUUCCGGCCGCUGGAUAUGUUGAGUACGCUAUACAAUCUCAUUUUUUGGAAGAUCAGUUACCUACUUUAAGACAUGCUAACUUUAAACGAGUUUGCACUUGGCCAGAGGACACUGACAGUAGUAACAACGCCGUUAGCCUAAAUUUGAUAUGUGUCAAAAAUGGCACCCAUGUUGAAGUUACAUCCAAUAGCCUUGUCUACAGCAGUUGUGAACUCUUACACACAAACACCAAAAAUACCACCAAUGUUAACAUUAAUACAAAGGAAAUACUAGAAAGAUGUACCGAUCGUCAUACACAAGAAGAAUUUUACAUCAGGAUGGCCUCAGUGGGCCUCAACUACGGCCCCACAUUCCAGGUAAUACAAGAGAUGAUGGCAGGAGAUGGCGAAGCCCUUGGUUAUUUAUUCCCCGCUGAAAAUAACAAUCAACGCAUACAGACAACACAACUUGACGGUUGUUUCCAACUUCUUUUAAGUACCAUAGGAGAAACAACAACCCUAUACCUUCCAGUUGGAAUCGAUAAACUCCAGAUGUUUGUCUCAAAGGUACCACCAUUCCAACCACUCAUGGCCUAUGCUAAUGUUACUGAAUGUGAUAGUAAAAUGCUAGUUGGUGACGUUAUACUAUCAACAAAAGAAGGGUGUACAUUGGCACAUCUUACCGGCGUCAGAUGUCAGAAUAUUAAUGGCACAGUAUCUGACGUUGAUCUAGAAAAAUGCUUAUACAAGACAAUAUGGCAACCGUUCAAUGCCUGUAUGGGAGAGACAACUCUACUUAAUGAAGUAUUUGACGAAAUUGAACAGAAAAAAUUACAUUCAGUUGAAUCAGAUGCCAUCAAAAGGGCAGAACAAUGCGCGCCUUUAAUUCGGUCUAUAUGUGCAUCUUAUAUACGUAAUGGCCUGAGGACCGUCGACAAAUCAACUUACAAAGUGCAUCCUCUUUACGCCGAGCGCUUAAGAGCCUUGGGCACAGUUGAUUUUAUUGUCUGUAUGGACACCAUACAUUCUGUUGUUGAUGUCAAUAUCGCUCUUGGUAGGAUUAAAGAUUUAUUGACUGAUGAUGGUCUUUUCUUGAUGUACGAAGCUACAAAUACACAUUAUGUUGCUGAACUUGUAUUUGGAUCACUUGAGCUGUGCUGGGUAUAUCAGGACUUUAGGACCGACACCUGUUGGUUGUCGAAAGAUGGGUGGGUUCAGGCGUUAGAAGAUAAUGGCUUUACUGAUGUUGUAACAGCAACCACUGCUGGAGAGUUUUUUCACUCUAUCUUUCUGGGAAAAAAGUAUUCAAUUAUAGAGAGCAAUCAGACUAUUAAACCUAACAUUACACAGCAGAUUUCAAAAUGUCAACAAUACGUAGUUUUCACCGAUGGAGAAGCUCAUGCUUUUGCUGACAGUCUUACAAAGUACCUCAGUGGAUCAGUUGUGACACAGAGGUUCACAGAAAUCGACAAGGAUGCUCUUACCAAAACCACAGGAAUAACAAAGCAAGAAAUGAUCUAUGUCUAUAGCGCGACAGACAGUUACUGUCAUUCUCUAGUUAAGCUUCUCCAAAUUGUUGAUAGCACCCCUGAAGCUUUCAACAAAUUCUGGGUUGUAACAACAGGCUCGAAUAAUGGAUCGUCAAACAUAGAGGGAAGCAAAGCAAUCGGUGUUAUUCGUGCGAUCACGAAUCAAUGCAAUACUCCAAUUUACUCUAUUGAUAUUGACCCACAUGAUACGCCAGCUUCACAAGCGCACCUUUUCUCCAAAUACAUUAUGUCUAAUGGUCACAAAGAAAGAGAAGUCACUAUCCGAAAUGGAGCGUACAUUUAUCCUAGAAUUGUAUCAACAACCUUGACCGCUGACACGUCUUCAUCGAGCAAACCAUACUGGCAAUUAACACAGAGCUCCUCGUCGACACUGACGUCUUUAGAUGAUCUUGGAAUCUCAUACAUCACCGAAAUGGUUCCAGAGCCUGGAAAAGUACUAGUUAAAAUCAAAAGUGCGGCUCUCAAUUUCAAAGAUGUAAUGAUGGCUCUGGGUAUGCUUAAUGCACUACUAAAGACUGGAGAUAAGCAAUUUGGCCUUGAGUUUAGUGGCAUUGUCGAAAAAGUGGGAGAAGGGGUAUCAAGCCUCAAGGAAGGUGAUGAAGUUCUUGGCUUUGGUGAACAUUGUUUUGCAUCGCACUCAAUAUGUGAUGCCGACCUUGUGGUUAAGAAACCACCAAACCUAUCAUGGGACGAAAGUUCAGGUGUUGGGAUCAUAUUUGCUACAUCUUACCACAGUCUUAUUGAACGUGCUAAUCUUCAAGAAGGUGAAACUGUCUUGAUACACUCUGCCUGUGGUGGUGUAGGACUGAGUGCAAUACAAGUGGCAAGAAUGGCUAAAGCAAAUAUCAUAUGUACUGCUGGAACGGUCAAAAAGCGACAGUAUUUAAAAGAAAAGCUAUGUAUCCAGUAUGUAUCAGACUCUCGCUCUGACACAUUUUACAGUGAUGUAAUGAAAUGGACAAACGGCAGAGGCGUUGACGUUGUGCUGAAUUCUCUCAGUGGUGAUCUUCUGACGAAAGGUGUAGAAUGUCUCGCUCCAGGUGGACGAUUCUGUGAGAUCGGCAAACGUGACAUUCUUCAGAAUUCAAAUCUUCAAAUGCAGAUUCUUCUUGAGAAUAAGACUUUCAUCUCAAGUCAGAUAGACAUUAUGAUUGACCUGGACAAACCCAGAGCACAAAGGCUGUUGAAAAAAGUAUCCGACUUACUUCAAAAAGAAACCCUUAAGCCAAUCAAAUUUGAAGUUUCAUCCAUUGAAGAUUAUCAGGAAGUUUUUUCGAGAACCGCCAAGGGAUCACACAUUGGUAAAGUAAUUUUCAGUAUACCUGACAAAAUUGAACCUCCUAAAAUCAAUCCGACUUCAAAAUUGUUCAAAAAGAAUGCAACAUAUGUGGUCACUGGUGGAUUUGGGGGCAUAGGCCUAGCAAUGGCCCGAUGGCUUGCAAACAAAGGAGCAAAACACAUUGCACUUGUUUCACGCCGUGGAUGUCACAACUCUGCUGGCAGACGAACACUGCAAUAUCUCAAGAGUAAAGAUGUCACCGUUUACAUGUAUGAUUUAGACUUAAGCAAGAAGGAAAAUGUCCGAAUGAUGUUUAAUAGGUUGCAAAAGGACAAAGCACCAACGACUAAAGGCGUAUUCCAUUUGGCAGGAUAUAUAAUUGAGGAAGUUUUUCAUAGCUUGACCACAUCUGAAAUUGACAAUAUACUUUCUUCAAAGGCUGGCACUGCUCAGCAUUUGCAUGAUCUUACUAAUGACAUGGCGCUCGACAUCUUCUUCAUGCUAUCGUCUGUGACAACGAUGUGCGGCAAUUCUUCACAAUCUAUGUACAUAGCAGCGAAUAACUUCCUUGAUGCACUAGCCAUGAAAAGAAAAAAUGGGGGGCUUCCAGCUCUCAGUGUUCAGUUGAGCCCAGUAAGAGGAGCAGGUUACUUAGAAGAUAAGACUAGCGUUUCAAAAGCUUUGAACAUGAGAGGUCAUCUGUCACUACACGUCGAUGAGUUCUUAGAAGGUUUAUCGAAUAUCCUACAAUCACCAAAUGCACCCGCCGUCUUGUACCUUGCAAAUCAGGAUUGGAAUGUGAUGCAGAUGUUUACCUACCCUGAAAGCAUGAAGUUUGUACAUCUCGUGAUGGGUCAACAGGUUGCUAAGACCGACUGUUCCCUAAGCUUAGAGGAUAUAGAAAAAAACGUAAAACAAAAAAUGGGAAAGUUACUCUGCGUAGAACCAGACAGCAUUGACGUCAAUCAACCUAUGAUAAAUUACGGAGUCGACUCACUGAUGGCAGUAGAAAUGGUCACGUGGGCAAGUAAAGAGCUUAAUGUUGUGGUCUCUCAGCUUGAUAUUUUGGGAGGUAUAACAACGAAGCUGCUGCUCGAAAAGGCCUUAAAUAAAGAUGUCGUACUACCACUCAAGUUGAGUGAGACAUAACCCUAUAAUUGCGUUCCUUUGAUCUAUAUUCGCUAGGCAUUUCUUACUUUAUACUAAUGACGCAAUAUUGUUCAAGCAAUGGCAGAAUUUUUCAUCCAAAUCAAUAUUUGGUGCUUUGUAUAAUUAUACACACACAUAUAUAUACAUAU